AACAAUGACUAUUGAAGAAAGUUGAAGGAUGGCUGCAGUGUGCGACACUGUUAAUAAUUUAUUUCAUUUACUGAUGUUGUAAAGCACCAUGGAUGACAGUUCCAACAGGAGAAAGACGAGGUCGUCCGGCAGGAAGAAGGCGAGUUCUAAGGUAGCAGAUGGUCCGGACACCAGCCAGAUGCCUGAUGGAGCCGAGGCGAAGAGUAAGCCUAAAGGAGCAUCUCCUGGGCGAUCCUCACCGGAACCGGACUGCGCAAUAUGUCUUGGGCGCCUCCAGAACAAGUCGUUCACUGACCGCUGCUUCCACAUGUUCUGUUUUGUGUGUCUGCAGGAAUGGUCCAAAGUCAAAGCAGAGUGUCCGCUGUGUAAGCAGAAGUUCACCAGUAUCAUCCACAAUGUGAGGUCUAACGAGGACUACGACCAAUACCCCAUCCCGCCAAAGAUUCCCUCAUGGGAAGAACAGGCCCGGAACUUCCGCUAUCACACAACACUCACCCUGGAGCGACGACUCCAAAUCAAUAUUCCUGAUUUCCGGCAGCAUCCACAGUACCAGGAACAUGAUUACACAAUCCAGCGACCCAGUAUCCAUAACCACAUGGCUACUCGGUCACAUUGGCGCCGUCAGAGACAGACCUCCAGCUCAGACUUCCGCAGGAGGAUCUACACAAACAAUAUGAGAUUAGUGGAUGUAACAGAUCCAAGAAUGCGUACCAGAGACACAACCCCAAUGUUUUACAGUCGUAAUCCAGCAUGUACACACAGGCUUGUCCCAUGGUUGAACCGAGAACUCAAUGCUCUUCUCCAGAGCCAGAAUGACAAUGUUCAGUUUGUUCUGGAACUCAUAAUGGGGUUGAUAAAGAGUAUGUCCAUCACAAGUGAAGACUUUUACCAGGGUAUUUACCCGUAUGUUGGCCGAUAUACACGACAUUUCAUGCAAGAGUUUGAAAACUUUGCUAGGUCUCCAUAUAACAUUGCUGCAUAUGACCAGCAUGCAGUGUAUCAACCACAAACUUUAGCAGUCGAGUCAGACUCGGACACAGACUCCAUCCUCUCUGUAGACGAUGAUGAUAACGAUGACGUAAUCGUGAUUUCUCCUAGUCAAGAAACUGGGAGAAGACGUCAACCAUCACCUCCUCGUCAUCAACGAGAGAGCACAUCACUGACAUAUCGUGACCUCUCACCUUUAUUGCACAGAGUUCGGAGCUUGUUGGAGUAUCCAACGGGAAGUCACUUAAGUGUCAACACACCAGGCUGGGACUCUCCUACCCCAGGCCCAUCCUGGGCAGCUGAAACAGACUUGUCUGACUCGUCAGCAGCAGAAACAACUGUGGAAGAGGAAACAGUGUUAGACGAUGGAAUCCGUACGAUGGGGGAUGCACAAACUACGGUCAAAAUAGAAGAGGAGUGUGAAAUUGAUGUUGAAAACACCGGGAGUAACUCCUCGAGUGGUGAUUCUGAUUCGGACUCCAGUAAGGCUGGAAGUGACAUUGUGUUUGUGGGUUAUGAUCGACCCUGGCAGGAACGUUCCCCAAUAUUGCUAUCUUCGAGUGACGAAGCCAAUGUUGUUUCCCAACCAACCUCUAGCAGCACCGUAGAUAAGAAAUCCAAACUCAGAGGGGAGAAAAAACCACAGACUGAUAGACAUAAAAAACGUAGUUCAGACUUCUCAAAGGGUCACAGCUGGAGGACAUCCAAGAGACGAAGAACGAGAUCACAAUCAAAGACACGAUCUCGAUCAAGGUCUUCAUCACGACAUGGACACUAUUGGAGAAGGAGGAGUCGCUCAAGGUCAAGGUCAAGAUACAUGUUUAAUCAUCGGAGACACAGAUCAAGAUCCAGAUCAAGAGGACGAUCAGGUUCUAAAAGGAAGAGAACAUCUUCUCCUCCAAGUUUUGACCACUCAUUCAUUAACAACAGAUCUAGAGCAAGCUCAAGCUUGCUGUCAUGGGACCAGAAACGCCACAGAAGUAAAUCUAGUAGUGUCGAAAUCACUUACGUGAAACGAAAGAAAUCAAAACACAAGAAAAAGGAAAAGAAACAUCAUAAAAAACACAAAAGCAGAAAGCAUAAAAAGCGAAGAAGGGCUUCAGAUUCAGAGGACAGCCAGGAAAAUACGGUUCAGAGUGUGAGCAGGCCUAGGAGUUUAGUUACAGUUGUCAACAAACCAAAACAAUCGGAACUGAAAUCUGAAGAACGCUACGACAAUGAAAUUGAAGAGAAAACUACGAAGAAGGACAUUAGUACAAAUGGUCAUAGUUCUCCUACAUUACAAUCCAGAUCAUUGAUUCCAGAUCUAGACUCCCCCAUUAUGUCAAGUGCACAAACAAUAACAUCAGAUUCAAAAUCUUUAGAUUCAACCACAACAGGAUCUCCUGAUUCAAAAGUUUCUUGUAAGGGUUCAUUAGAUUCAAAAAUUUCCUCUGUAGAAUCAAACAUCAUAAAGCCAUACAAGAAACACCCAACUGGUCACAAGAAAAGUAGCCAGAACAAAACUGCCUCUCAGUGUACGUCAUCUUCAGUGGACCUGAAACAUACAACCUCAACAGAGUCCUGCCCUGACAGUGCUCCGACUGUAAAGUCACAAGAGUUAUCCUCCCUUGUAAAGAAUGGAACUAUUUCUGGACCUUGUACACAAUCUUCUGAGAGCAGUGAUGGAGAUAUCAAUGAGGCAUCAAACAAUACAGGUCAAGAAAAACACAUGGAGGAAGUUCACAAUAAAGAUGCCUCAUCCUGCACUGUACAAUCUCCCUGUGUAUCUAGUGAUGGACUCGACUCUAAGGAGGUGGAUGACCGCUUCAGUAGAAAUAUGUCUGCCCCGGAUGAUGCACCAGAGAACCCCAAUGACAGCGUAAACAUUGAUGUGUCUGGUGAUGCGAGCUGUAUUUCAGACAGCAAUAGGGCAUAUAACUCAUCAGACAAUACAGACAAUGGGGGUCAGUGCAAAACUGACCACGAGUCUGCUGGUCAGCAGUCAACAUCAGCAUCACCUGUAGUGAAUACCUCCAACAGUGUACAUUCAGAUCAAACUUUAUCUUCUGAUUUAACAGAUAAGAACAAAAAACACCAAUGUGCAUUGCGUGGUACAGAUAUUUCUUCGGAGCUGUCUGACAAUCCAGACUCUAGUUUUAACCCUACAGAUGAUGGGCCGAGUAGUGAUGACACCACAGGUAAACGCCAGCGCUCGCCUUGUGUGUUUGACAAUGGUGGAGUAUCAGCACCUCGGCUUGGACACCAAACAAGCACUAUAGAGAUCCUCGAUUCGGAUUCCUCACUCAACAGUGACUCCGAUAUUGAUGUUGAGGACUUAUUAGACUGUGAGGGAAGUGCCGAUUCUGGGAGGACCAAUCACCGCAGGCGGUCAUGUGUAAUUGUAGAGUCGCCCGAAAAUGUGGCCAUCAGAAACCCAUCAGAUAGUGCCACAGACUACCCUAGAUACUCUAGCGAUCAUGAUGAGAUCUCUUCCUCAAGUGCUAUGUCAGAUGCCAACAUUUUUUCCAACACAAAUACCAGCCAAUCACAACCAAGUAGUCCCUGUCUCUACAGCAGUCCAAACUUAAUGUAUAACAACCCCAUGGGAACAAACCUAGCCCUAUCCAGCUUCAACGGUCUCUUUCAUUCCUCUAGUGCCAGUGUUAUGAGGACAGACAGCUUUGUCAGUAACAUGGCAGUGUCAAUAUCCACUGCAGGGGUACAGAGCCAGCACAUGACCAACCAUGUGUACCGGACUAGUCCCGGAGGUCAGUGGGAAUCUCAUCACUCGGCCCAUAGUAUCUCGCGCGCCAACAUGGGCAAUGUCGAACUGGUGCAGACCAUGUCGGGGGUGGCUCACAACAACCUGUAUGGCUCCACUCGCAGUGCUACGUCGUCCACCAUGGCUUACAUACCACACACUACAUCUGGACAGUACCUACCUAACGCACCCUCCGUACAGACGUACACAAAUACACAGCAGUCUUACAUGUCCACCACAGGUCAGCAGUACAGCACUACCUCCAGUCCGUCACACGUAGUGUCCAAUGCCUCACCCCAGGCUAACUGUUCUCUUAACCGGAACCUUCUUCCCAUUGAGGGUAACUCACAAACAUCACUGUCCCCCUUACCAAGUUAUUUCACGAGUGCUGGCUCCGCCAAUUUGUGGUCGCAAGACAGACAUAUUGAAGUAGCGGACAGUAGUGAGGGGGAUAGUGAUGUUGACGUUCUAUUCUUGUCAGACAACGAGGAUGAAUUGAGAGAAAUCAACAUCAUGGACAUCACAGAUGAAGAGGAGUCUUGCGGUGAAGGAUUCCACGUAGAUCUCAUCAGUGACGACAGCGAUGUGGAGAUCGAGGAAGCGUCGGGACCGACAGACAGUGUGUAUGAGAACAUGAUCCCUGCUGUAUUACCCCAUGGAAGUGUGAGUGAGGCAGUGCUAGAGGAUGAUGCGGAGAGAACUCGCAGAACUACAUGUGAUCUAAGUGUGUUUGUCAGUGACGAGGAAGACACGGCAUCACACACUAACGAACAAUUACAGUGUGCUUCUUCCUCAGAGGAAGACAAUUAUUUACUGUAUAGUGCAAGCUCUAGGUCUUCAGAGGAUAGAUUAAGUGGUCCCCAUAUAUCUAGUGAUAAAAUUGCAAAUGGAGAGGAAAAGCUUUCGUCUGAUCAAAAUCAUUUAGGUGUCUUAAAAACGUGUGACAGAAUUAGUGAGGAAUCUUACAAUAAAGCACCAAGUGUUGACUGUCACAGUUCUGGCUCUAAAGAGGAAUCGGACAAACCAGUGUCAUCUAGUUCUAAUGUCAGCGGUCACGAAACUGGUUCAGAGGAGGAGUCGGACAAACCAGUGUCAUCUAGUUCUGGUGUCGGCAUCUGUCACAUUUCUAGUUCAAAUGAGGUAUCUGAUCAACCAGCAUCAUCUAGUUCUAGUGUUUGUCACCGUUCUGGUUCACCAGAGGAAUUGGACAUACAAGUGCCAUCUAGUUCUAGUGUCGGCUGUCACAGUUCAGGUUCAGAGAAAUUGGACGAACCGGCAUCAUCUAGUUCCAAUGUCAUAUGUCCCGAUACUGGUUCACUAGAGUACAGCACUGCCAGUGAGGGCAAUAAUACAGAAAGAAAUAUUGACACUGACAAUAGUAUUGGUAACUUGUCUUGUAGGGACGAAGAUGUAAUCAAUGGUAAUUGUGAUAUGUUGGACAGAGAUAGUAUGUUUGGUUCAUCCGACAAUAAGGACCAGAAUAGUGAAGCGUAUCGUUCAUCCGACAAUAAAGACAGGAAUAGUGAAGCAUGUGUUUCAUCAGAAAAUCAAUCGACUAGCAAAGAUAUAAUAGGCCACACCUGUGAUACUGUCAGUGAUUGUGUUGAAGUGAGUGAAAAACCUGUAGAGGAUCAAAAGUCCUUAUAUGACUGUAGCAGUACUGCAGAGCCUAGUGAAGGAGUGUCUACCUCUGGUAGUGACACAGAGGCAAUGGAGUAAGGGCAACAUAUCAAAUGACUUAAUAUGUAAUUAUAAGUACUGUAAUGGCCUUCUUUUCAGCAACUUAGCAAUUUAUUUAAAUAUUUAAACAGACCUUAAUUGGAUUGGAAUAUAUCACAGUUUACAGUAUAUUUUUCACAGAAACCUGUUAGGUGAAAAUAUGUUGCGGUAUUCAUGAAAAAGGUAAAAAUUUGUAAUCUUUACGGUAAAAGUUAUAUAGACUGUAUAUAUUUCAUUUUAUAUACAUUGUUCCAAUUUAACAAUAGAUGUUCUUGUGCAAAAUCUGUGUCCGAUUCAUGUGAGAAAGUGCUUGUAUGUGUUUCAGAGUGCUCAUACCAAGACACCGUCAGUACAACUCCCUCUGUAAUUUUGGUGAAAGAUGUAAAGCUUCUUUUUAUCAUUGAUUCAAUAUUUCACUAUUUUUUUUGCAAAACAUAAUUGGCUGGAUCAGAUAGCAUGUUUUUUUUGUUUUUUGUUUUUUAUUUGUUUCUUAUAUAUGUUAAUGGUUUUUUUUAAAUGUAGAUUGAAAUGUAUUAACAUCACAAAUGACUUUAACUUGAGCUUCUAAAAUAAUUUUUUGACUUUACAAAUAUUUGCACUGUCUGGAGUCAUCAUUUUUUUCCCCCCCACAAAUACAUCACAAAAAUAGUGAAAAUUAGAGAACCUAUACUUCCAUGCAAAAAAUAAGUGCAAGAUAUGUGUUAUUUAUUUUGUUCUAAAAAAAACGAGUGCAAAAUGAUUCUUGAAUGUAUUUACCGAAAUGAAUCAUUGCCUUAUUAAAAACACAAACCACAAUUUUGAGUUGGGCAAAAACAAAAAUAUGAAUUUUUUGGUACCCCGACAAACCCUAGUGUUUACCUUCAGCUCGAGUAAUUUUAUCUCCCGAAUGCACUUAAUAUCCCAUUAAAACAUGCCAAAAAUAAAUGUUAGCAUGAUCUUAAUGACACCUCUCUCUUUCAUAGACAGAUAUCUGAUAAUCAGACCAAAUUUUUACCCCAUAUCAUUAUUUAAAUGACCUAAAUAUACAAUGAAAAUGAAAACAAUUUUGGUACGAAUGCUUGGUGAUUUAGACAUUAACCAAUUUGUUUCUAUGCAUAUUUAUCUUAAUUUCUUUUAAAAGUGCAUCAGAAUUACUUUUAAGUAGAUAAAUGGUAAGCAUGAUUUGUAUUUACUGUAAAGUUACCUAGAGAAAUGUUGUAUGCUGGUAAUGUGUAUAUUACAUCCUGAUAAUAUGAAUUCCUGAGUUUGAGAAACUUAUACAUGUAUUAGGAAUCACAAAUUUAAUCAUUUUAAAUAAAUUCAAUAUUUAUCAUA